AGCUUUCCUUUUCUCUCCCUGCAGGUCUCAGGAGUGAGAUCUAGUCCCUGGCAUUAUUCUCUGACACUUUCCUGAGUUACUUCUUGAAAUGGAACUAAUCAAGGAGUAAUCUUACUGAUGCUCAUGCAGCUUUCAAUAUUAUGAAAUUCAAGGAGACAGUCCAGUAUGGUUCUUUUUGUGCUGCAUCUAAAAUGCCCUACAGAAUUAAAUCCUUUCAUAUGCAUUUAAUUAGAUUACACAGAUGCAGUUUGUAGGAGUAUUUUGAGGAUGAAUGUUUGCAAAUCAUUUUGAAAUUGCCAAGCACCACAUACAUGGGAUGUAUCCUGUUUUUAUCCUGGAGUUCACCCUGUGGCUUGGAUUAAUCACAGUAGCACCUGUCUUUGAUCUCUGUUAACUAGAAAUCAAGGAAAGACAUGAGGAGAUUUGUUUACUGCAAGGUGGUUCUAGCCACUUCACUGAUGUGGGUUCUUGUUGAUGUCUUCUUACUACUGUACUUCAGUGAAUGCAACAAAUGUGAUGAUAAGAAGGAAAGAUCCCUGCUACCUGCACUCAGGGCUGUUAUUUCAAGAAACCAAGAAGGACCAGGAGAAAUGGGAAAGGCUGUGCUGAUUCCUAAAGAUGACCAGGAGAAAAUGAAAGAACUAUUUAAAAUCAAUCAGUUUAAUCUUAUGGCCAGUGAUUUGAUUGCCCUUAACAGAAGUCUGCCGGAUGUCAGAUUGGAAGGAUGCAAGACAAAGGUCUACCCCGAUGAACUUCCAAACACAAGUGUAGUCAUCGUGUUUCAUAAUGAAGCAUGGAGCACCCUCCUUAGAACUGUUUAUAGUGUUAUAAAUCGUUCCCCUCACUAUCUACUCUCUGAGGUCAUCUUGGUAGAUGAUGCUAGUGAGAGAGAUUUUCUCAAGUUGACAUUGGAGAAUUAUGUGAAAAAUUUAGAAGUACCAGUUAAAAUUAUUAGAAUGGAAGAGCGCUCUGGGUUAAUACGUGCCCGCCUUCGAGGAGCAGCUGCUUCAAAAGGGGAGGUGAUAACUUUCCUUGAUGCACACUGUGAAUGCACUUUAGGAUGGCUGGAGCCUUUGCUGGCGAGAAUAAAGGAGGACAGGAAGACAGUAGUAUGCCCCAUCAUUGAUGUAAUUAGCGAUGAUACUUUUGAAUAUAUGGCUGGGUCAGACAUGACUUAUGGGGGAUUUAACUGGAAACUGAAUUUCCGUUGGUAUCCUGUGCCUCAAAGAGAAAUGGAUAGAAGGAAAGGAGACAGAACAUUGCCUGUCAGGACCCCUACUAUGGCUGGUGGCCUAUUUUCUAUUGACAGAAACUACUUUGAAGAGAUAGGAACUUACGAUGCAGGAAUGGAUAUCUGGGGUGGAGAGAAUCUUGAAAUGUCUUUUAGGAUUUGGCAAUGUGGAGGCUCCUUGGAAAUUGUGACUUGCUCCCAUGUCGGUCAUGUUUUUCGAAAGGCAACACCGUACACUUUCCCUGGUGGCACCGGUCAUGUCAUCAACAAGAACAAUAGGAGACUGGCAGAAGUUUGGAUGGAUGAAUUUAAAGAUUUCUUCUAUAUCAUAUCCCCAGGUGUUGUCAAAGUGGAUUAUGGAGAUGUAUCAGUCAGAAAAACGCUAAGAGAAAAUCUGAAGUGUAAGCCCUUUUCUUGGUACCUAGAAAACAUCUACCCGGACUCCCAGAUACCAAGGCGUUAUUAUUCACUUGGUGAGAUAAGAAAUGUUGAAACCAAUCAAUGUUUAGACAACAUGGGCCGCAAGGAAAAUGAAAAAGUGGGUAUAUUCAACUGUCAUGGCAUGGGAGGAAAUCAGGUAUUUUCUUAUACUGCUGACAAAGAAAUCCGGACCGAUGAUUUGUGCUUGGAUGUUUCUAGACUCAAUGGACCUGUAAUCAUGUUAAAGUGCCACCAUAUGAGAGGAAAUCAGUUAUGGGACUAUGACGCUGAGGUUUUAGGUUUAGGAUCACUUCUUCUACAACCAUCUCAACCAAUGCCACCAAAGUGUGAUGCUCUUGUAAGACCAGUAAUGUUACCUGAGAACAUGUCAGGAAUAAGGCAUCUGAGGCCUCACCCUAGACACACUAAAUCCGAGUCUGUAUUUCUACAAAGUCCCCUGGUCAUUCACAUACACAUUAAUGAAAGUAUGAGAAAGACAGAUAUGGAAAAUGGUCAAACAUCCAUUUAUCUUCCUUAAUCUUUUUGUACGUGGUUGAAAACAAUUCCAGAAUUAGGAAAGGUAUAUGUACAUUUGGGGAAGUGGCAGUGUCUGCAGGAUAUGAGAAAGAGAAAGGCAGCCCAGAGUGAGAAUUGAGGCGUGGGCAGGAGGAGUGAUUGCCAGGUGGCUUUAUUCUCAUAUCCCAGGCAGGUGCUGUUUACUACCUCUUUAUUCCAAUUCUUUACUUUUACUAUCAAGGGCAAAAUGAUUCUUCUCUGAGAAACUUCUGAGGUGGUACAGGUUCAAAGUAGAAUAAAACUUGGUGAAGUUCACAAAACUAUAGAACUGAAAAAGACCAUAAAAUUCUCUCCUUUCAGCCUUUAUAUGAAGGAAGUUGAACACAAAGAUGACUGCCAGUAGCUAAGGCUGGAUUUAGGUCCUAAUAAAGUAAUCAAAGAAAGCUAGUUAUCAGUGCUAUUGUGAAUCUCCAGUGUGAACAGCUGAAAUAUUCCGUCACUUAUCUCCCACGGCCCUUUCAGACUUAGAAGAGUUAAUCCUAAAUAGAAGCGGGAAUGUUGGCAUAGCCGGGGAAAAUUAAAACACUAUUACAAAGCCUCACAGUAUGGAUUCCAGCUGCUCUGGUUUGUUUACUUCUUAGGUGAUUGGGGGGAAAGAGAAGAGAAUGAAGUAACUAUUGAGAAUCUAUACUGUUAUCUGGUUUUUCUUGCAAUUCUGACCAGAGUCCUAUAAGAUAGUCUUCUUUGAAUCUUCACAUUAGUAAACUGAAGCUUAGUGUCUAAAUCCCUUGUCUAGGUUUGCACAUCCCAGGUUUCCGGAACCAAAUUCAGCCAUCUUUCCACUACUACAUUGUCUCUUGAGGUCAUUGAAAAAAUAGAAACAAUUAGAUGCUUGCAAUGAUGGUGAUCUGAUAAGCUAAAUGAUGUAAAGUAUUGCAAAUGAAAAAUAUGACUAAAUACUAUCAGUUAUUUGAGGUACCAAAUUUUAAUUGCGUAGAACUUCUCCCUUAAUAACUGAAAGCAUGUACUGCAAUAAAUAUUGUCUAUUUAGGUAAGCAGUUACAGUACUACUUUUGUCAGUAUUGUCUAAUCCCUUACAAAUUUUAACAUACUUAUUCACAGUGUAAUUAAUAUCUAUGUAUUCUUUUACUUGAAUAAGACUAAGUUGGUAAUAAAUAACACAACCAUGACCUUAACUUGGUAUCACUUUAUUCCUGGCGAAAUAUGUCCGAUUUUGUACCAACCUCAGAGUAUCAUUAGUAAAACUGCAAGAUCCAUACCUGGCCUAGAAUCAAUCUCUUGAAUAAAUAACCUGAACACUCUGAUGCUGUGAAAGUCCAUUGGGACAUCUCACUGAAGCAUUUUAAAAAUUAUUUUUAUAAAUGUCUGUCAUCCAUCAUUCCUAUUUUCUUAUAUUCUAUUUGGACUAUACAAUUGUAUUCCAAUCCAUUUGAUAUUUACAUUUUCCUGUAAUAAGUGCACAUAAUUGCAUUUCUUUUUGAACAUUCAGGCAGCUACGUACAGUGUGAGAAUCUAAUUUUAGAACAGAACACUUAUGCUUAACAAACACUAUGCAACAAAGAAAAAACAGGGAGCAAAAUAUGAUGCUAAAAAUAAGUCGUGCUUUUCAUGUGACUGAGCAAGUUGACUGAGAAAAUACUUGUUCUGAAUUUGAUAUUCAUCUGUAUCAAAUAUUCCUCAGACUAACUAGAUAAGUAAUUUUUUUCAGUAGGUAAAAUA